UUGGGAUUGCGAGGGCUUGUGAAACACGGAAGCGGAAGCGUGUACUACAGUGCAGUACCUCGUGCCGGAUACACCGUUGACUGGGAUUUCUCAGGACUGACGUCGACAUUAAUGCCGACGUUGUCGACGGGGGCAAGAGCCAAGUUCCGUGCUGCUGUUGACGAGCGAGCUGCAGUGUGUCGCGGCCGAGCCAAGUUCCGUGCUGCUGUUGACGAGCGAGCUGCAGUGUGUCGCGGCCGGAGGCAGGAAUGUGUCGGUGUUCCGUUGCUUCUCAUCACGCUGAAGAAGAGAACUUUCAAAAUUAGGCCGGAAGACGGACUUCGCAUGAGCCAAGACUCAGGAGCAACCGGAGCCUACCGCAACCGAGCUCCAGAUAACCAUUCCCAGGAGCAAUUUCGUGCGAAGUUGCUGUAUUUCUUCAUAUUUUCAGCUAUUGCUGCGAGUGAAGUGUCGGGAGGCAGCACGGAUUCCUUCGUGGAGAUCUUCUCCUCUCGGUACAAACAGCAAGUGACAUCUAGCACACUGCAAUGGCGCACUGUUGCUGGCCGGGACUACCCCGAGGACCUGGUGCCCGCCGGACGGGUCGGUGACGGCGUGUUGUUCCUCUGCCGGGCCGAGUACCUGGGCCGCAAAAUCCCGGGUUACCUGAAACCUCCCCUGUGCACGAUCGAACUUGCUGGACAUGUGAUGAAUACCACGAAUUUUCAGGUACUGGUGAACAUUGCAAACUCGGCCCGAUUGGAGUGGGAACCGUGGACGAAAACCGUGUUGGUCGACGGCGCCGUGUCUUCGGACGGGUUCUUCGUUGCUCGGGCAGCGGGUUCCUCGGGUUCGGCUUCCGUUUCCGGUGGACGAGCGUCGAAAGACGACGUCAGUGACGACGUUUUCAUGGGCAAAGUCGAAGCAGACCAGCCCCAAAUCACCGUCACGAUAGGACAGCGUUCUUUCAGGACCAGCAACGCCGACACACUGGUCGAGAUUUUACCCACGCACUACUUCAUCAACGACGUCUUGUUCGACGACAAACUCACUUAUGCAAAGAGCGAGACGAAAGUGCUGGAGCGAAAGAUAUUCAACAACAACGACUCGGAGCCGUUGCGGAUCAGCGAGAAGGUGCACUACGAGUACACAGCCAAGGAGUGGUGGGGCACGGUCGACGGUACUUACGCUGGCACUCCGACGGUGAUCAAUUGGGUGGAUCCGGGCCGAGGCGAGACGCGGAUCCGGACGAAACUCGCCUGGGGGGCGCAGAUCUCGAGAAAGAAGCAAGACUUCAGGGUCGUCGAAUUCGACUUGCCGCCGUAUUCGAGACUGCAAAUCACACUCGACGGCUCUGUGCAAACCCGACGCAGGCCCUACAGUGCCAAACUCACCACGUUCUACGCCUCCAACUCGCAAAAGUCCCGCAAAAUCCGAGGGCACUUUUUGGACGAAGACCUGGUGUCUGUUGAGGUGCGGAAGGAGAAGUUUCAAUUGCUGCGAGUGGAACCGGGGGUUUCGACGGACCAGUCGAUACUCGACGCGGAACGGCUCCAGUCGUCGAUCGAGAUCGACGUUCGCAAUGCAAUCACGUCAGCGUCGCCCCCUGACACUGACACCAACGCCAUUCCGAAGGUGCAAGAGCACGAGGACGACUCCGCGCGGGUGUUCUGGGACCUGAAGCAAGGAGCCGCGGGAUCCGUGGACGACGACACCACCUUCUGGGAAACGGUCAUUAACUCCGGAUGUCCGCGGAGUAAUGCACGCCUAGGAGGCGAUGAUGACGAGCGAUGA